CUUCAUGAAUGCGUAAAGUCGUUUUUAAUACUCUGUAUGAGUUUUGAGUAAAAUAUUAUAUAUUUGUGGGAAAAUUUCAACAAAAUUGUAAAAAUUUUGUGAAUUUAUAAACGGCUGAACUAUAAAUAGUCCUUUCAGAGUAAUAAUAAUUUUACAACAGUAUGAAACGCAGUGCUUCAGGAGAUUCACCAACCAGGAGCAAUCAUUUAGGAAGAUCUUCCCACGGUAGAACUAUAAUGGGUCGCGGUUAUGAUAAUGGUAGCGGAGUUCCAGGCGAUUCUCCCGAACGCAUGUCUCCAGAUCGCCUACGACGUCGGAUAGGUCGGUCACCAAGUCCACGAGCACGUUAUGGUGUUUCACCUCAUCGUGAAGAAUAUUUACGUGGGCCCCCACCAGUGGCGGAAAGACCAACGUACAAGGUGCUAUGUGUCAGUGCUUUGCAUCCUAAAGCUUCCGACGAUUUCAUUAAAGAAACAUUGUAUCGUGAAUACAAGAAAUUCGGUGACUUCAGCAUUCGCAUAUCUCAUGAUUUGGACGAACGUGUUGCUUACGUUUGUUUUAGAACGUCUGAGGAUGCACGUGAAGCAAAACAUCAUAAGCCGCGUAUUGUAUUGUAUGAUAAAAUGGCAUUGGUGGAACCAGUUUACGAAUCUUCUUCACAUAAUGAAUACAGGCCUCGUGGACGUUCGAUAACUCCCCCUGACUACGAUCGAUAUCAUUAUCCACGUUCGCCUAUGGGUCCGACUGGUCCAAUAGAACAUCGUCGACCACCGAUCGAUCCGUAUGACCGUUAUGGGCCACCCAUGCAUCCGCAUGGACGUUCACGGGAAUAUCGUGGACCAAUUCAUCACGAAUAUCCACUUCCCCCACGUGGACCACCAAUGCAUCGUGUGCCACCACAUAUGCAUGGACCACCGCCACCACAUCAGUAUGCACCUAUGCGUCAUAUGGGACCUCGUCCACAUGUUCCAUAUGAGAAGCCCGAAAGCAAGAAAGACAAAUUUCCUAAUUAUUUGCAUCAUGUUCAACCAGAAGACGACCCACUUGCAACACGGACUCUAUUUGCUGGUAAUUUAGAAGUAAAUAUUUCGGAUGAAGAGUUGCGUCGUAUAUUCGGUAAAUACGGUAUUGUUGAUGAUAUUGAUAUAAAGCGGCCUCCACCAGGUACUGGUAAUGCUUUUGCUUUCGUACGUUAUCAAAAUCUAGACAUGGCACAUCGUGCUAAAAUAGAGCUUUCCGGUCAAUAUAUUGGAAAGUUCCAAUGCAAGAUUGGUUAUGGUAAAGUAACACCAGCUACUCGUAUAUGGAUCGGUGGUUUAGGUGCUUGGACUUCUGUUACCCAAUUGGAACGGGAAUUUGAUCGUUUUGGUGUCAUAAAGAAAAUAGAAUAUCAAAAAGGCGAGACAUGUGCAUAUAUACAAUAUGAAACCAUCGAGGCAGCCUCUGCUGCAGUGAAAGAAAUGCGCGGUUUUCCUUUGGGUGGACCCGAGCGUCGUUUGCGUACUGAUUUUGCUGAAUUACCUGGAACCACUCCAGCUGCACCAUUUAAAUCAAAGAGCUAUGAUGAGGCACCUGAAUAUAGGCGUCCAGAGUAUGACUAUCAUUAUGAAGAGACACCACAUUAUGCUCCACGAGGUGGGUAUGCACCUUAUCCACCACGAGGUGGUUAUAGGGGUCGCGGUGGUUACCGCGGUCGUGGACGUGGCUCAUACCAUGUCUACCAUAAUGAUGUGCAUCGUCCGAUUCAUGGCAGUUCUACGUCGUCGAUGCCACCACCUGCUGGAGCUGAAGAUGAAUGGCGUCGUCCGCCAGGCGAUUCAUAUGAGCGGGCACGUUCUGGUUCACGUGAACCCGGUGCUGAUCGUUCACGUUCACGCUCUCCUCACAAACGCGCACAUUCACCCGAGUCGGACUCGGAUUCUUCUUCACGUCGAAACGGUGCAUUGAGUACAGCACGUACUUUGCCUGAUAUUUCCCGUAAGUGCACUGUUGUAUGGCAAGGUGCACUCAUAUUAAAGAGUUCACUAUUCCCGGCUAAAUUCCAUAUGACGGAUGGAGACGGCGACAUUGUCGACUCCUUAAUGCGCGACGAGGAAGGAAAACAUAACUUGCGUAUUACGCAGCGUUUGCGUCUCGAUCCACCAAAAUUAGAGGAUGUUCAAAAACGCAUAAGCUCGUCAUUGUCCCAUGCAAUAUUUUUAGGUUUAGCUUCAUCAGCUGCAACCACUCUGGAGGAUAGCAGCGUACAAACGCGUCCACUACGUAAUUUAGUGUCGUAUUUAAAGCAAAAGGAAGCUGCCGGUGUUAUCUCACUGUUGAACAAAGAUACUGAAGCCACUGGAGUGCUAUACGCUUUCCCACCAUGUGACUUUUCUACGGAACUACUGAAGCGUACAUGCCAGAGUGUAACUGAAGAGGGUCUAAAGGAAGAUCAUCUUGUGGUAGUAGUUGUAAGAGGUGGAACUGCUUAAAAUCGAUAACGCGUAGUCCUUCGCCGAUUUUUUAUUAAUUGUAAAUCACUUUGAGUGCGCUAAAAUAGUGAAUAUGGACGCGUCGGUAGUGAUAUUUAAAUAAUACCGAAGAGUUAAGGUUGAAGCAAUUAAACAUCAAAUUUUGAAUAACAAUAAGUUCGCUGUAUUGAUUCUACAACAACAUAUUCAUUUUAUAGAAAGCGAAUAAAAAGUUCAGACCUCUGAAUGGCUAAGCAGUCUUAUUAGGCCAGAAGUCUGUCAGUUUAUUUGGAACUGAUAAAAGUAUAUAAAUUUAUUUAAAUGAAUUAGAGGUUUUUAAAACUCUAAACUUAAAAUUAAAAAUUGAAUUAUAUUUAUGUACUAUUUUUGGGUCUUAAUAUUUUAUUCGCUUAAAUUAGUCUGUAGUAUUUUGACGCAUACUUCUUAUGCUACAGAUCAACUUUAUCAAAGCACUUCAUUUUGCCACAUAUUUAUAACAGAGUUUCAAACAAUCAACUAGUUUAGUAAGUAGGUAAGCACUUAUACAAAUUUAUAAUACUUUAUAAAAAUGUUCAUGAUUUAGUUAAAAAAGUGAAUAAGUUGCUGUGGAAAUUUUGUGAAGUUUAAUUUGAUCGUUUAUGAUAACUUCUAAACGCAACAGAUUUAUGCUUAUAAUUAUAAUUUUUGAAAACUGUUUCAAGCUUACUUAAUUUUUGUGUAAAGAUGAGAUUCAAACAAAAAGAA